AUGUGGCUACAACCGAAUCGGAAAAAUGACCUGGAAUCGGCGAGCCAACCGCUGUACCCGACGAUGAUGGAGAGUCCGGAACUUCGGUGGGCUUUCAUUCGCAAGAUUUACUCCAUAGUGGCCCUUCAAUUGGUUCUCACCAUCGCUGUGGGUGCUAUGGUCGUCUAUGUCACUCCGAUAACAAUCUUCUUCGUCACCACCACUGCCGGCUUAGUUCUCUACAUUGUUCUCAUCGUUACUCCAAUCAUCGUGUUGAUACCGUUGUAUUACUAUUACCAGCGUCAUCCGGUGAAUUUCCUCCUCCUUGGGAUUUUCACGGUGACUCUUGCUUUCGCAGUUGGAUUGACUUGCGCUUUUACCAGCGGGACGGUUAUCUUGGAAGCUGCUAUUCUUACAGCUGUGGUGGUCAUCAGUCUCACUUUGUACACAUUCUGGGCGGCAAGGAAAGGCUACGAUUUCAACUUCCUAGGGCCCUUUCUGUUUGGUGCUGUUAUUUCCCUCAUGAUAUUUUCCUUGAUUCAGAUUUUCUUUCCAAUGGGAAAGAUCUCGACGAUGAUCUAUGGGUGUUUGGCUGCAAUAAUAUUCAGUGGUUACAUUGUAUAUGAUACCGACAAUCUGAUCAAGCGCUACUCAUACGAUGAGUACAUUUGGGCUUCUGUUUCCCUGUAUUUGGACAUCAUCAACCUCUUCCUUUCACUGUUGACCAUUUUCCGAGCUGCUGAUACUUGA